AUGAGGUUUGCUACAAUACAUAAGUUGUUCAUUUUUUACAUCUCAACGUUCUCAAUUGCUUCAAUAGCUCAUGCAUGUUUUGCUCCACAUUGGGAUGUUUAUGUUACUAAUACUAUAUCUGAUAAUAUUGUUGCUCAUAUCAAAUCCAAAAACGAUGAUCUUGGGAAUCAUACCAUUCCAUUCAAUGGAAAUUACCAUUGGUCUUUUUGUGAAGCACUCUUUGGGAAGACUCUGUUUUACGCCUACUUCUGGUGGGGUUCAAGGUUUCAAACCUUAGCUUUGUUUGAUGAAAAACUUGAAGAAGCCUAUUGUUUUAUAGAAGACUUGCGUGAUCAAUAUUGUUAUUGGUUUGUAAAACCUGAUGGUUUUUAUAUAUCUGUAUCUCCAGAUCCAAAUGGAGAUAAUGUGCACUUUAUAAAACCUUGGCAAUAA